AUGUCACCCAACCGAGCUAAAGCUGAAUCCGAGGAAGCUGAAAGCAAUGUUUCAGCUUCAAUUCAAAGAGUCACCUCUGCGUCUGGUAGUGAAAGGCCCGGUGCUGAAUUUGUUAGAAUUGGUAAGCCUCCGAUAGAUAAAAUCUGCAAACAUGGGACGGAAGAAUUUAAGGCUACUGCAAAUGAUGAUCCGGAAAGGGCCAAGUUCUGGCUUGAAAACUUUAUCUCGGGUUUUGAUGAACUGUCCUGCAUAACUGCCGAGUGCCUGAAAUGUGUAGUGUCCUUACUAAAAGAUACGACUUACCAUUGGUGGAAUACCAUAACUUCAGUUGUACCGAGAGAGAAUAUUACAUGCGAAUUCUUCCAUACUGAAUUUAGAAAGAAAUAUGGUAGUCAGAAGUUCAUGGAUCAGAAAAAGAAAGAACUUCUAGAACUCAAGCAGGGAAGCAUGACUGUAUCUGAAUAUGAACAGGAAUUUGUACGAUUGAGUAAGUAUGCCAGGGAAUAG